CGUACCUAAGGCUGGCUAUGGGUAAAAUUAAGUCACAGAAAGCCAGAAAUGGCAGGCCGAGACCUCUCGAGGUUGGAGUGCCAAGGAAGUUACCAAGAUGCUGAUCAUUUACAAGGCAUUUUUUGAUAAAUUUUUUACACAAAACAAAUUAAAUCGGGGUUAAAACUCGGGAAACUAGUAUAUAAUCUAAGGAAAUAUAUCCAGAAAGACGGAGCCUUAUCCUGUAAGAGCUAUGCUAUAGGAGAUAUUCACCUUGCAAGAAAGACUCUGGACAUUUUUAGACAAUUCUUGCCGCUGAUUCAUCAGAGGUAAGGGAUAUGUCCAAUAAAGAUGGAACUCAUAAGCACUCAUAUAUACAACGACGGUAAGGUAAGUUCUGAAAAUCAUUUCAAACAGGUUCCAGGAACUAUCUGACCAUGCUUGGGAAGAAAUUCCUUUAUUUUCGUCUAACAUAAAAUACAGGAAGUCGUCAUUUAAUCCAACCCCGUAUGGAUGAAUGGGAAGCGUGGACAGACAGCACAAUAGCAACAAAACAUUAAAAUAGCGUGUAGCUCAUUAAAAUCACGUUAAACCAGGUUGUGCGUACAACAACCCUACGCAUCUAGCGCUUGAUGAAGAGUAUGCUUUCAUGAAGCACAUUAGUCUGAGCAUAGCUGUGCGAGCAACAGCAUGAAGGUAAAGUACAUUUGGGUCCUACUAAAAAGCCACCACCAAUGAUGACUUGUAUUAAUCGCGUAUGCACGACAUUGCUCCCAUUAAUCCUCCUCUGUCACCCGUCCGAUGCGAUGAAGUUCUACUGCAACAAUGUAAGCUGUAUGCUGGAAAAUCUCGAUCUCGACGAAGCGUACACGUUCGCGUUUGCGUAUUCCAUCAACACAACCUUCCAGCUGACGGCCAUGUACGUGAAGGGCGACAUCUUCGACCUUACCACACUGCCCAACCUAUCGAACUUGCGCGUGUUCGUGCUGGAUCAUUCGCAGCUCAACUCGGUGAUAGUGAAAUUUACGGCCGAAAAGUCUUCCCUGUCCAUCACAAACACACCGCUCAAAACGAUCGUCCUGCACGAGAGCCGCCAUCUGGAGGAGGCGCGCAUCGACAAGUCACUGCUGGAAGCCAUUCCGGAAACGUUUUUCACACAGGCGUCGCUGGAAACGUUGUUCAUCACAAACUCGCUGCUUGCGGUUAUCGAUUUCAAUCCGUUCGAGACACUGCCCAAUCUGCGGCACGUGGACUUCAGCUGCAACAGGAUCCAUGUGCUUCACCUUCCACCCACCAGUACGUGCUGUCGUCGGCUGAUCUCGCUCGAUCUGACACAAAAUCGACUGACGCACUUCAACUUUGGGCUGCUUGCGCACAUGAACUGUCUGGAGGUGCUUGCGCUCAGAAGGAAUCGCAUUGCGAGCGUAGCCAUCGUCGAACCGAUCGAUCCGAAGCCACCGAACCUGACACAGUUCUGUACUACGGUCGUGCGGAUUCAUGCCUACACGCAACCGCAUCCCGACUCGACGUCGCACAGCCGUUACGCGAGUUUGACCACGAUCGAUCUGGACAGCAAUCGUAUGCGGGAAGCGAAUCUUUCCAUGUUCUGUGCUAUGCCGAACCUAAUGGAGCUGAUGCUUAGCAGAAAUCUGCUGACCAGUGUGACGGUAACCGAUGGUCAGCUGCCGGCGCGAUUGGAGGCACUCGAGUUAAGCUUUAACCGGCUGGCAACCGCCGACCUGAGGCCACUUUACGCAGUGAAAAUGGUCAAUGUUGGUGCGAACCAGUGAAAACCAGUCGCUGAAAAGCCUUUUUUGUUUUCCUCAUUUAUUUAAAUACAUUUAAAUCGACACAAACUAUGCCGCGCAUCCUACGGAUGUUUGUUGCCACACACAUUUCACUUCACUUAUCUACUACCGACCGAGCUGUCUGCCUCCCCGGGAGUAAUCCCUCCAGGAAGUGGGGUUGUCCAGCGCAACGAAAGAAAAGAAAAUGAUGAUA